UCGUUCGCCACCACCACGAGUACAAAGCUAGCUAGUGCUCCACGUUCCAAAGGAGCCAAGAGAUCAUCAAUGGCGCUCACGCGCUGUAGCUUGGUCACCGUAGCCGCGCUUCUUGUCCAGCUCUUCUUCUUCCUCGCCGGCCCGGCCGCGGCGGCGGGGCAGGUGACGGUGUUCUGGGGCCGGAACAAGGACGAGGGGUCUCUCCGUGAGGCGUGCGACACCGGCCUCUACACCAUGGUCGUCAUGUCCUUCCUCAACGUCUACGGCCACGGCGACUACCGCCUCGACCUCUCCGGCCAUCCGGUGAGCGACAUCGGCGGCGACGUCAAGCACUGCCAGCGCAAGGGCGUCCUCGUCUCCCUCGCCAUCGGCGGGCCCGGCGGCGCCUACUCGCUCCCGACCAACCAGUCAGCGCUCGGCCUCUUCGACCACCUCUGGAACACCUAUCUCGGCGGCGGCGGCGGCGGCUCCCGCAGGAGCAGUGUGGCGCGGCCGUUCGGCGACGCGGUGCUCGACGGCGUCGACUUCAUCCUGGAGCACGCCACGCCGGCGGAGCGCUACGACGUGCUCGCCGCGGGGCUCGCGAAGCGCAGCAGCGUCAGCGGCGGGCGGCCGCUGCACCUGACGGCGACGACGCGGUGCGCGUUCCCGGACCGCGGCGCCGGCCGGGCGCUGGCGACGGGCGCCUUCGAGCGCGUCCACGUGCGGUUCUACGGCGACGGCGGCGGCAACUGCACCCUGUACUGGGAGGACGCCUGGGACAGGUGGACGGCGGCGUACCCGCGCAGCCGGGUCUACUUCGGCCUGCCGGCGGCGCCGCCGGAGCAGGGCGGCCGGAGCGGGUACAUCUACCCCAAGACGCUCUACUACAGCUACGUCCCGGCGUUGCAGAAGGCGGCCAACUACGGCGGCUUCGUGCUCUGGGAUCGCUACAGCGACAAGCAGAGCGGCUACAGUAGCUACGUCCACUCCUGGGCUUGAGCUAAUUUGUUGCAGUUGUAACUUAGUUCAAUAAAUACAUUAACCUAAAUAAAUUGGGAUUUUUUUGGCAGAAUAAAACAAUUAGUGAUCUACUAUUGUUAACGACAAAAUACUUAAAGGACAUUGAUGCCAACAUGCAUCCAUUGAUCUAUCAAUUGUUAGCUUGAAAAAUCAACGAUUACUUUAAUUGGUUGACU